AUCGAGAAGCUUGAGACGAUCACUGGCUCUAAUGGGAACAGCUCGAGCCUGACGAGGCCCAAGGGCCAGUCAUCGUUUGACGCGCCAAUGUCGUCGGUAGCAGCAGUAGCAACCUUGCCCCGAGCCGAUGUCGAGACCAUCUGGUUGGCGAAGCAGCUGUUGGUACGCAUUCAUGACAAAUGCACGAUUAUCGAGGAGUUCGACAAAGAGUUUAGCCGCCUUGAGCGCCAGGAGGCCUUGACACGCGAGGCAGAGUUGGCCAACGCCGACAUUGGGUCUGAGCCUGAGCCAGUGCAGCUCAAUGGCCAGUUCCUCGAGCUGCCAACAUGGUCGCAACUGGCGCAGCACACGGGCCAGCGCAGUCCGGCCGCGUCUGAGCGAACGAGCAUGGACUUUAUGCAUUUGCAAUCUGAGUCUGGAUCGGCUACUCCAGAUGUUGUGGGUGGUCACGCGUUGGGAAUUGGCAAAGGACUUGCUGUCCCGACCCGCCGCCACUCGAAGCAAAUUCGCCCUGGCCGCUCUACCAGACCCACGCCUGACCUGAUCGAUAUCGAUUCGCAGUCGGUUACCAGUGCGUCGCCCGCUAGCGGUGGGAGUGGUGGCAGCGGCUCCCGCAAGCUCGUAUCGCUGUUUGCUGCGUUGUUCCGCAACAACCAUAUGGGCUUUGGCCGCACAAAGGACUCGACUGGCUCAUCGGUUCUCCGGCGGAAGAACACAUCGUCGGCGUUCUCUCCGACCGUGCUUCCGUCGAUUAGUCGGUCGAGCAGCGCGCUGCGCCGGCUGUCGCAGAACAUGAUGGCAGGCCAGCCGACAAUCACCACCCCGGUGGCGAUAUCAUUUGCUUCAGCUCAAGCAGCUGCGAGUGGUCCAAGUGCUGGUGUUGGUACAGGUACAGAAGCUGCUGCUUCCACUGCCACUGCUACUCAUGGCAGUGCGCCCAGCGAAAUGGACUCUGCUGUUAACCCGAGCACGGCCAUUCUUACAGCCAGCCCCUCGGACGUCCCGCUGUCGUCGCCAGUGACCCGCCAGCGCAACAACAGCCAGCUCUCCAGCAUGCGUACCACGCCAGAGUCGGCAUCCAAGGUCCAGCGCAUGCCCUCUAUCGACGACUUUGACUUUGUCAAGCCCAUUUCGCGCGGCGCAUUUGGCCGUGUGUACCUGACGCGUAAAAAGGCGACCAAAGACCUGUACGCGAUCAAGGUCAUGCGCAAGAAGGACAUGAUCAACAAGAAUAUGGUCACCCAGGCCCUGGCCGAGCGCCGAGCGCUAUCUCUGCUGUCAACCGAAUGGGUUGUGCAGCUAUACUACGCCUUCCACUCGUCCAAGCAUCUGUUUUUGGUCAUGGAGUACCUCGUCGGCGGAGAUCUGGCCGGACUGUUGCGCGUGUGGGGCGUGAUGGAGGAGGAUGCGGCAAAGUUCUACAUUGCCGAGAUUGCCAACGCAAUUGACUAUUUACACUGUAACUCGAUCGUCCACCGCGACAUUAAACCGGACAACGUCAUUUUGGCAAGCGAUGGGCACAUCAAGCUGACGGACUUUGGACUAAGCCAGGUUGCAGUCCGCGGCAAUGCAACGGGUAGUAAAGUGCUGGUCGACGGAUCUGACAGCAAUGUCAACCUUGACUCGCCGACUUCAGACACCACGCCCCUGGGAGAUACUGAUGUCGCCGGCCGACUGCCAGACAAGUCUGAAGACUACUGGAAUGCAGCGGUAGCUCAGGCCGGCCGCAGUGUGCAGACACCGGUUAUUGCAACCAAUAGCACGCAGGCCGGCAAGGCGCUUCCCCUGUCCAAACGCGCGCAUGCCCGCAAGAGCUCGCGAGGCUUCCUCGGCACACCGGAUUACCUGGCUCCUGAGCUGCUUCUGGGCGCUGGCAACGGCCUGGCAGUCGACUGGUGGGCGCUCGGAGUGUGUCUUUUCGAGUUUGUGUGCGGGUACCCACCGUUUACCGAUGAGUCACCCGAGGCUAUUUUCAGAAACAUCCUGAACCACGCGAUCGACUGGCCCGAGGAGGAGGGCUACGUGAGCCAAGAGGUUGUCGAAAUAAUCAACGCACUGUUGAGUCCCGAUCCGACCACGCGCGCUCACUGGAAGGACAUCAAGGCUGCAAGGUUGUUUGAAGGCUGGGAUAUGAGCGCGAUUCGACAAAUGGAGCCCCCGUUUGUGCCCCAGCCUGAUGAUGAUGUUGACACUAGCUACUUCGAGCCCUGUCAGCGCUCUGAGAUGCAGCGGCUGUCAAACGCGACGUUCUUGCAGGUCGAUGCUGCCAAGCGACCGCCUCCGACGCCGCGCCAGCAGUCAGCCCGGGCCACUGAGAUCGUUCCAUCGCCCGAGUCGACCAGGGGGUCGCAGAGGGGCUCGCGCCGGGGACGUUCAGUUUCUGGCUCUGCCUCUGCCAAUAACGGGCGCACUACCUCCGCAAGUGUCGGCCAGCUAAAGAAGCUGUUCAGCGAUAUGUCUGCUGAGGACAACGCCUUUUCAGCCAAGAUUGACAGCGCUCAUGAGCCUGUUGGCUACUCUGAGAUGGAUCCUGGUGAGCAGCGCCAAUCAGCAGCCUCUAUCGUGUCUGCUUCUAGCAGUGAUAGGUACUCGUUCACCAACAACAGUGCGGACAACAACAGUGUGAACAUCGGGCUCGGAAACCUCCCGAUGAGCAGCCCGCGGGCCAAGAUUCCAUUUGCUGCCCUCCCUGCGGCAGCAAUGGGAGAAGACAGUGAUGUCGACAUGGCUGCCUCUUUGCGUGGGCGCAGCAGCAUCAACUCGCUAAGCGAAGCCGAGUUUGAAGAGCAGUUGCCCAGUCACCGGGUAAUAUCCGUACAGGCACCCGCUGGUCUGUCUGCCGUGUCCAACUCGCAGACGUCAGCCGGCAGAACACUGGGAGUACUGCCGCCACCGCUUUUAAUUAACCACGCCAGGCGCUUGGUUGGCCGCUCGCCUACCCAGAACUCGGAUGGUCCUGUCGAGUGUGGACCAUCGAGCCCGUCCACAAAGUCCCACUCACGCUGCGCAUCCAUCAACAUUGUCAUGGCCAAAAGUAAGAUCAACUCUCAAGUCCGCUCGAGACGACCGAGCGAUGGACCUGAUAAUUCUUCCGAGUCUGAAAUGACUGUGCCGCUUGUGCGGUCGAGUUCCACCGAUGACCGUGCACAGAGCACCAGCAUUGGCGGCUCUGUCAUUGAAUUGGCAGUCAAUGGCAACUUGUCUGGUUCUGCUGCAGAUAGCGACAGGAUGGAAGGUGUCGACGAUGACGAUGACGCGCAAGAUGAAGAGACGGAACGCGUGUUCGAAGACUUUACGUACAAAAACUUGGCCCUGUUGAGUCAUGUCAAUAAGGGCGUGUCGUCGUCAGGGCACGCUACGCCAAUGUCCGAGCGACUUCCCCUGGGCGCCACGAUAUCGACGACCGCGUCACUAUCCGCCCACGGUUCUGCCUUGGCCUCGGCACGCGAAUCACCGAUCAACGCCUACGAUACCAAGCAGGACCAGUCGUCCGACAAACAUUGAAAAGUAUUGAAAUGAUAAAUAAAUUGGUUUACUUGCUUGAUUCA